UUGAUUUAUUUGGAAGUGAUCUUAAUUCAUAUGGAACAUACAGCUCUUAUCAAAUUAAUAUUAAUUCUUGUUCUGGGUAUUUGUAUUCACUAAUAAGACAAUCUUCAUUUGAAUGUACCUAUGCCUAUUCAAGGAACAUUUAUAUUCGUACCCAAGCUUCUAAUAUUGAAGUUGCACAAAACAUAUUUAGAAUGUCAGAAAAAUCUUUUGAUUUUCAAUUUACGUGCAGCAAGAGUUCAAAAUUAAAUACUGAUUUAGAAAGAAAUAUCAAUAUUUUUAAUAAUUCAUUUAAUGGUAUGAGCUCAGGCUAUGAUUUCUAUGUAUAUGAACGUUACUCUAACAGUCACAUACAUUCCUUUCAUUUGUAUGAUAAUGUUUUUACACACAGUCCUUUAGCUAUAAAUCGGUAUGGCAUGUACAUGUAUCUGUAUGCUUCAUAUGUUCGUCAUUUGUUUGACAUAAAAGGCAACUAUUUUACAUCUGUAAAGAAUUAUGCUGUUUAUAUAUAUGGAAAUGUAGGUGCAACGUCCAUCUUAGAGAAUACGUUCCACCAAUGCAUGGACUGUGUGAAAAUAGAUGUCCAUAAUUCUGAUUUAAAUAUGACAAUAUCUGACAAUGUGUUUGUUGAAAAUGUUGGAUCAACUGCCGUAUUAAAUUUGUUACAACCGAAUGCUAAUGUUCCUCCUAUUUUACUUUCUGGGAAUAUUUUUCAAAACAAUCUAAACACCAUAUUACUGUUCAGAUCACCAAAUAUUUUCAUUUUCCAUAACAUCUUUGAGAAUCCUAACGCUACAUUCAAUAUCAAGGUAAACUCAGCCGUACAAUAUCAAAAUGAAAUAGUAAACGCUUCCCUUAAUUUUUGGGGAACGACUGAUGUAAAAGAAAUCGGUCAGAAGAUUUAUGAUAAGAAUUAUGAUGACACGCUGAUGGAUGUUAUGUUUAGACCAUAUCUUGGAUCAAGGAAUUUCUCUGAUAUACAAAAUGAAGACCCACCAUUCAUCAGCAGUACUGGAGAUAUUGGGGGUCUUGUGAAUGGUGAACUUACAUUGACAGCUGACAGAAGUCCAUAUACAGUGACAUCAAACAUUGAAGUUGGAGAAUUUGAUACACUAACGUUAGAACCAGGUGUAACGUUAUUGUUUAAAAAAGAUUUUGGAAUUAAUGUUGUGGGUACCUUGAUAGUAAAUGGAAGCAAUGAAAUGCCAGUCAUGAUGUUGGAAACAGUUCACGGAGAAGCAUGGCGUGGAAUAGACAUAUACACUGUAGAAGGUUUGCUUGUUUCUCCAUGA